AUUAAAUUGUGUUCCGUAAUCACUAUAAAGGACAUAUUGCACUCUAACAUUUUAUAAACAUAUUCAAACUGCACACGAAUAAUCAUCCAUUAUACUAUUAUAGUAAAAAACAAUCAUUAGCCUUCUAUACCUCUGAGCUAAUUGGAACUGACGCUUCAUUAACAAAUAUUAAAGAUUUCUUUUAGACUACUAUGUCUCAUGAUGUGGAAUCACUCUUCUCAAUUUUUAAUCAAAAAUUCAAAAAAAUUAUUGCCUCUUCUAGGGGUAAUCGAGACAUUUUGGAUAAAAUACAUGUUUGAAGAUAAAGAUAUUGGGUGUGCAAAUCCAAAUGUCGAAAUUUCGGGCGUCGUCUUCUCAGACCAUGCUUCAAAAAGCGAGAAAAGGGCUCAUGUUUCAUCAUUGGAGGAUUUAUGGGAUUCAGAUAUAAAUCAGGAUAUUUGUAACAAAGCUAGGUUGAUCACGAGAGAAAACUGCUUGCCUACAGAAAAUCUGAACGCUCAAAUUAAGAUAUACAAGAAGAAGAAUUAGCGAUCAUAUCUAAUGCGAACUAGGGAUGUUUUUACUUGGGUUGAAAUUUGUUAGUUUGGUCUGGUAAUCACAUGGUUUCUCUGUAAUUUAUAACUAUCCAAGAUUCCAAGUAUGGUUUGAUCUGAUCUGGUCUGGGACCGAAAACAAUCCAAGUAAAAACAUCCUAGAUCCAAACACGGGUGGAAUUUUGAAGACUUUACCGAGCCAUGGAAUUAUUCCGGGAGGGAUAAUUUGUUGCACUUUGGGUUGGUUUAUGUUCAUUUUAGCUUUUACAUCUAGCUUGCUGCUUUAUUAUUUUCUUUUUAUUUUUUAUUUUUU